UGCAAGAUCUCCCGACAGGCCCUAUCCAAGAUGGAGUCGUUUCGUGCAGACGACAUUUUCCGGUCGAUGACGAAAUCGCCGAUUCCGUGGUAAGACUGACUUGCCACCGAGCUGGAACAUCUUCAUAACAUUCUGACGGUGUUUUUGUAUUGAUUCGGGAGGAUAUUUCAAGCUGUGAAGCCACGCAACAAGUGGGAAUUGUAGCAAAACUGAGGAGGACGCGCGGUACGCACCACCGAAUCACAUCGGAUUGACUCAUGUCAACACAAAUAGUGUCACCAGCCGGCCGGGUCUCUGCGCAAGAAGAAACCACCGGCUCGACACAGUGCUUCAAGCGGAAGGAACGCGACUCGGACCCCGAAGACAUGGGCAAGGCAGUCCCUUCCCAGAAGAGGUUCCGCCGGGGCGACCCCCAGUGCGACCUGACGUUACGUGUCCAGGGGACCGACUUCAGGGCCCACAAAUGUGUCAUCAUGGCCAACAGCGACUAUUUCUACUCCAUGUUCACGCAUCCCUUGAAAGAGUCAGCAGAAACAGUUGUGGAACUCAAAGGGUUGGAGUCGGACACGUUUGAAACUCUGUUCGACUUCAUGUACACGUCAGACCUGACGCUAACGGAGGACACCCUUCAGAAUGUUUUGUCGGCAUCGACGUACUUACAGAUCCCCAAAGCUCUGGAGAGAUGUUCCGGCUACUUGGAACAGACAAUGGACGCUUUAAGCUGUGCAGAGACACUUGUGACCGCUGGAAACCAUGGACUGACCAGUCUGGAGCUGAUCGCCAUGGAAUGUUUGGCUAAAAACUUUGUCAUAGCUACCGAGUCACUCAGCUUUCUGUACCUCUCCCCAAAACAACUCCUGACUCUUCUUGACAACGACUACACUUUCGUCUGCGCCGAGUUGGACAUAUUUCAUGCCAUUGUCCGAUGGUUUAGGCACGAUUUUGAGCAGAGGGCAAAGUAUGUGGGAAAGAUCAUGAAGAAAAUCCGCUUUGGCUUGAUCAGUGUGGCAGAUAUAGAGAUAGUACCAGUGAGUAAGGAGUUCGGAACCCGUGAAUUUUCCAAACUGGUGGCCGACGCGAGAGACUGGCAUUCGAGGAAAUUCGAGCAAAGUGUUUCUGACAAAGUGAACAGCACGGCAAGGGUGGCUCCGUACAUGACGCUUGUUUCUGGUAUGAUAGACUCGAACCAGGCCUCCUCCCUGGCCAUCCGGAUGUGCCGCACACCGUGGAAGCGCAGGCAUCGCUGGGAGCCUGUGGGGACCACGCCGAAGCACUUUGCCCAGGCUGCUGUGGCCUGCGCUGUGGUGGGAGACUUUCUGUACGUAGUGGGUUUUCCCAAGCGCUUCCUCGCGAGCCAGUCCGAGAUACACGACGACGUCAACUGGUUCAUGCGGUACGACCCCCGCCAGGAAGAGUGGCUCAAACUCAGGAAGUUAAACUACAAACACUCCGGUGUGAAACUUACGUCUGUUGGGGACAAGCUCUAUGCGUCGGGAUCGUCUGACGUGAAUAUCGUGGAGUGUUACCUCAUCAGGACCAACCGCUGGGUGGACGCCUUCGAGCUUCCCCACAAACUGUUCCUCCACGCGGCCGAGUCCCACGGUGGGAAGCUCUACAUCGCCGGCGGGAUUUAUGUAGAGGAGGCCGGCAGCACGGCUUGCGACGACCUUCUGCGUUUCGAUCCUGCGACGAAAGAGCUCGCCACGCUCAAACCAAUGGGCACGCCGCGUUUUGGCCACAGCCUGGUGAGCCAUGGGAACAAACUGUACAGCUUCGGAGGUACGACCUACCACCCUGAAGUAGCCUGGGGGUUCGCAGAGACUUCAGAAUGUUACGACAUCAAAGACGAUACCUGGAGCACCCUGCCGUCCAUGCCGACACCGCGAGGGUUCUCGGGCGUAACCGUGUUGGGGGAUCUGAUCUACGUGGUGGGCGGAACCUGCGACGGGUUUGGGAAAACGUCGGUGGAGGUUUACGACGUGAAUGAGAAGAAAUGGGAAAAGCGAGCGAUGAUCCAGAGAAGGCUGUACUACCUGGGACUGGUCAUGCUGAGACACCCGUUCAAGAAGUUCAAAAAUCCCUAGGGUUGCACAGGGUGGUACACAUGUACUUUGAAAACUUUCUACCUGUAUUUAAAGGUAACAGUUGAGCCUCUAGGGUUCACUAGGGUGCUUGCAUAUUAAAGCAUUUAUCCUAUGGAUAGGCAAUUAGAAUAGCAAAUGAGUUCAUUUGUAACUUUUAACAUUUAUAAUUAUUCAGCUGGGAGAUUGUAUUAGUGCAAGUACCUUAAUCAACCCCAAACAAAAUAUUUCUUGUUUUAGAGACGACAAUCCCAAUAGGGACUCUGACUCCACUGACAAAAACAAUGUUUGUACAUAGAAAAAAAAUCGGUUAAGAAAUUAGAAAAGUUAAGAAACCAGAAAAUUGAGAAAUGAUGAAGUCUAGCCAAUGUAGCAUAAACUUAAUUACUGGCAAAUAAUCAAUGACAACAAGAAUGUCAGUUGAGUUCAUGUGUUAUCUUUCUUUUCAUAUAUCAUCAGAAUACACUAGUCCAUAUUAACCAUGCUGGAUUCUGACACUUAUACCUACUUCUUACAAGUUACAUAGCUAGAGGAUAAAAGUGUAAAAUUUGUACAAAACUAAGGAUUUUACAUUUAUGCAAUGAUCAGAUAGAUGUAAAGUCAUUACACCUGUCCUUUGGUGUACUUUUGCAUGGUUUUUAUAUGGAACUGAAUAAAUUGUACAAAUAAAUCUUUAAAAAGAUC